AUGAAUACAAUUACACAACAAAGCGAUUCGUUAGCCACGACGAAAGACUUGUCUGGUCUCGAUUCUGAUCAGAUAAUCAAUAUUGAUGACUCUUACGAUCAAACGACCGGCACCGUCACCGAGUUUGAGAAACAAAAGACCGCAGAGGGAGAAGCACACUUCCAACGACUCGGAUGGAAGCGUUUAGCUGUGAUUCUCGUUGUUGAGGCCAUUGGCCUAGGCGUGUUCAGCCUUCCAAGGGCCUUUGCUACUCUCGGCGUUAUCGCUGGAGUUUUCUGUUGCAUCUCUCUUGGUCUUAUGGCUAUCUAUACUGCAUGGAUCAUUGGGAAAGUCAAGGUCCUGUUUCCUGCUAUCCAAAGCUAUGGAGAUAUCGGAGGCUUACUCAUGGGUCGUUUUGGCGAGGAGCUGUUUGGAGCUAUGUAUGUGUUUCAGCUUAUCCUCAUGACGUCGUCUUAUGUCCUCACGGGCACGAUCUCUUUCAACAUCUUGUCGGAUGAUGGCACAUGUGGUAUGGUCUUCAGUACCGUAUCGGGCGUCCUGCUGUUCAUUCUGGCUAUCAUGCCGUCGUUCGCGGAAGCGGCCAUUUUAGGCUAUAUCGACCUCCUGUCCGUCAUGACAGCCAUCCUUGUCACAGUCAUCGCCUCCGGUGUUGAUGCUGCGAACAAACCUGGUGGCCUGUCCGCUGCAGACUGGUCAGCUUGGCCGGACCCUGAUGCGACUUUCAAAGACGGCAUGGUGGCCAUCUGCAAUAUGCUCUUCGCAUACUGCUUUGCUAUGUAUAUGACACCAUUCAUGUCUGAGAUGCAUACACCCACAGACUUUAUGAAGUCAGUAUGGACUCUCGGUAUCCUCGAAAUCUUCGUCUAUACCCUUACCGGCACACUCAUCUACGUUUUUGUCGGUAAGGAUGUUCAGAGCCCUGCUCUUCUAUCACUAUCAGGCGUUUUACCCAAGGUAGCUUUCGGUGUCGCACUUCCUGUUAUUUUCAUUUCAGGGGCCAUCGGCAACACAGUUACUGCUCGGUAUAUCCACUUUCGGUUCUACAAAGACUCUGUCACACGCUUCAUUAACACCCCUAAAGGUUGGAUUACCUGGCUGCUCGUACUGUUCGGCAUCACCCUUUGCGCUUGGAUACUCGGCGAGUCCAUCCCUUUUUUUAAUGAUUUGCUUUCGCUCAGCUCGGCUCUAUUUGUAUCUGGGUUUAUCUUGUAUUUCCCAGCAGUGAUGUGGUACAUGCUUAUCUGUAAGGGAAAGUGGUACACCAGAGGAAACUUGUUGCAUGCUAUUGCUUGUAUAUUUGUUUUUGCCUUUGGUAUUCUGGUUCUCGUCGGAGGGACAUAUUCGACCGCUAUGGACAUUAAACAUCAUUACGAUACCGGUGCUUUCCGUGCACCUUUCUCUUGUGAAGCUUAA